UCCUCUUGUUAGACAUUGUAAACUGCGUCACCUUGUAGUUAGUCUGCUACUGUAUAUAAUGGACGAACAUAUUAUUCUGUAACGGACUUUACUUAUUACUUUUUGAUGUGUGGGUUAUUGAAAUAUGCAUUACCAUAAAUGAUGUAUUCUUGCAUAGUCUUAAUGCGUUUUUUGUAUAUGAUUUUGGGUAGUUGACUGCGUAGUUUUUUUACUAUUCUUUUACCAAAAUAUCAGCUUAGAAGACAUUUGUCAUUUUUUUUUUAUUUUUCCUAUUUGAAUUUUGAGAAAGUGAAUUCUUUUGCUCAUUAUUAUCUAAAGGUAGUGGAAACACCUGAAAUUAUUGCUAUUGAAACGUGUCCACUUCCCCCGUUUCAUCAUCCAGCGUUAUCAAGAAGGCGCUUGUUUUCCUGGCGUUUUCUACUUGUAUCUCUUGUUAUUUUUACUUAACUUUGUUCUUUUAAAGAGGUGUUCAUGUACUUGCUUUGAAUUCCUACUUGACAGAAAACGAGAAGACACACGUCUAUCGCACUGGUCGAUUUUCUUCUUACUUGGGGCAAUUUUUUUAUUUUUUAAAAAAAUAAAUCAAAGGAUCUUUUUCUGGUGCUGAACUGGUAUUUAUUACGUUUUUCAAAUACGUGAACGAGCAACGCGCACCCUCAAGACAUUCACAUCUACACUUUAAUUUCUGCUUAUUUCUGUAUUUUUAAUAGGUUAUUUCCUACCGUUUGGAAUUUUAUUUCUGUAUAUACUUUUGGAAAGCUUCAUCAUUUCGAUAAGAGCUUACGGAUUUACAUUACAAGCCAGUCUUCGAUAGUUGUUAUAAAACUCUUCUUUCAUCAUGUUUCGAAGGAAUACGUUGACUCCCGGUAAGGGAGGAUCUAGUUUGGAUAUGUUUUCAGCGAACGAUUUCAUGACAUGGAUUGAUGGUAUGAAACACAAUUCAUACGAAAAUGGCUGCUCCCCAUUUUCGUUCCGUCCUAUACAAGAUUCUACUCAUAAAAAAUCUAGACGGCCCUCGCGUCUGUCCAUUGUAAAUAUAUGGAAUCAAUCUCCUACAACUGCACGUGGGAUGCUAUUCCCAUUGAAUUCUGACCAAAAAGAGGAAGAUAUGGAUGAUGUAGUAGAACUUGAUAAUGAUGUGAAUGAUUUUAAGGCCGACCAAGGCAUUAUGAUGAAUCAGAAGAAUCACGAAGUUUAUGAAGACGAAGAGGAAGAUGCGCGGCAAUUGAAUCAAGAAUAUAUUGUAUCCGAUGAUGCCGAUGAAGCUUUGGAACAGGAGAGUCUUCAGGAAGAAAACGAAGAUCAGCAAUCGGAAGAUGGAUUUUAUGAUUCUGGUAGCAAUCAGAAUGGCAAUCCAGAAGUUAUCGAGAUCGAAAGUGAAGAAGAGGAGCAAAAUCAGUUGGACCUCAGCGACAGCAAUGAGCAGUUAUCACCUCUUUUCGAGGAAAAAAAUAUUGAUCUUCAACUAUCAAAUACUCUCGAACUUUACAGAAAUGAUAAUUUAAGCUCGCAUACAUCGCAAACGAGUUUGAGUACGGGCGUUGGCUCACAUCCAAAGUUAGUUCGUCUCAGUUACGAGAAAAGUGAUGUUUCUGAUCAGCCGAAACAACUUUCGGAAAGCACAAAGAUUGAGUCUCAAAAUCCGUUGGAGACAGACUCAUCCUUUCUUCGUCCCCGUCUUGACCAUGUUAUUCGUUCACCUUCUUCUGUUAAUCCCUUAAUCAAAACUAAUAGAGGUGUGCGAGACGGUUUACUAAAAUAUAAUUUGGAAAAUACUGAGACGGAUGAAUCGUAUACGGAACUAGAUGAUACAUUUUCACGGAUGAAACAAGACACUAUGAACAAACUAAAUGAAGAUGCUUCUGAAUUGAUCGAGGAACUUACUGAUUCCGAUGUGUUUCAGAAAAUAGUAAAAAAUGAUAAUGAGCCAAGUAUUCUUGAUACCAGCGGCAUUGCUGAGGAGAUCCAACAAAUUGACGAUUCCUCCCAGUUUGUGUCCUUUUUGGAAGAUACGCACUUGGUGCCUUCUAAUAACUUACAGCCAACAAAGCGGAAGUUGUCAGAAUUAAUGGAAAACAUCUCUUCUGCUGACUGUAGCAUGGCAGAUGCUUCUGCUAUAUUGGAAAAUGCUGACUUCUUAAGUUCCAAUCCGACUAUGUCCACAAUUCCUAAUAAAAAGCGGCACUUUGAGUAGAGAAUAUUCAGUAUAUAUUUAAUUGCAUUAUUAUUCAGCCAUUAUAAAAAAUAAAUAUCAUUAAAAAUACGAUACGUAUGUCAAGACCAAGCAUAAUGUCGCAGGCAUCUUUCGUAUCUAUUCGGUUCCAAAACCAGCUGUUUCUUCAAUAGCAAUUGUGAGCUUACGUUCCAACUCCUCUUUGGAUUCGUAGGGAGGUAUAUCUAAUCGGUUGAAACUGCAUAAUUAAGUAAGUACGAAUUUUUCUAUGAUACAAAGUAUCAUCAACACUUACCAUGUAUGGGCUUUCGGGAGCUGAGAAACGGAGCCCACGUUUUCAAGCGUAAACUUUCUUGGACCAUCGCUACCAUGUAAAUCUUUAAAACCGCCCAAGGGCAAACGAGAGGUACCGGUAGAAAACUGAAGAAGUUUUUCCUGUAUUGUCAGAAAUUAGAAAAACAUAUUUACAUACCUUUUUAUUGGUUGGCCAUUGGCUUACAAUCUCCCAGAACCAUAUGGCUAUUCUAUCGGUUUCUGUGUACGCUCUGUAAUCUGUAUAGCGUUUCCAAUCUUCAACGUCAAUAUCACGUUUACCGUUUAAUACUAGAUCAAGCUCACGUUCAUUAAAAAGGAAUAAUAUACUAUCGGGGAUUAACUCAUUUAAACCACCUUUUAGGGCAUCAAAUUGCAACUGCGUGGAACGAACAAGUUUAUACUGUGUAAGAAGUUGAAUAUAUUCUUCUUUAUUUUCAUCAUUAACAGGUAAAUUUCGACCAUUUGUUUUGAGAUCAACUGUGACAGAAUCGCCGAGUCUAUUUUCUUCACAACUAAAAUUUAGACAUAAUGAAUCGUCCACUUUGUUUUCACGAAUCCAUUUCAAGCUUUCAUAGUAAACU